AAUCAGUCGUAUUUUGUAUCUUGAACUUGUAACAGUGGAGCGGGGCUGACUAUUAGUUGACGUAGAGCGCACGACUUCGAAAAUUAUUUUUGCCGGGAACCAAUUUAAAAGUUUUAUAUGUGAAUUAUAUAUUCAACCGUUACUGCAGCACAAAAACUCUACAGGAUAUGAUCGUUCAUUAAGGAGAUUUAUCAACUUCUUGCGAAAGAGAGAAUGUUUCUACGGCUAUCGAUAUUUUUUACUUGUAUAUUGGUUCAGAAAAAUGCAGGUUCUCCGCUUCAUGGAGCUUGUUUAUCAACUGAAGAUUGUGGAACUAUAGAUACUUAUUGUAGAAACCAAACAUGUGUGUGCAGAGAGAAUUUUUCGGUGUGGUACGACAGUUGUAUUGAACUACCGUCUCCAGCAAUACGCUGUUCCAAAAAACAAGAGUGCCAUGAGCUAUUAGGUCCACGCAGUAUGUGUACAAAGAAGAAUCAAUGUGCUUGUAAACCAUUCCACCACUUGCACCAAGGACAGUGUGUAAAAAAUCGAGAUUUACACGACCAAUGCGAACAUGAUCAUCAAUGUUAUUGUGGGGCAGAAUGUCAAGCAAAAAUUGCUUGUAUUCACAAAAGUUGCACCUGUAAACCAGGUCACAAACCAUAUAAAAUCAGAAGAUGCAUGGAGGAUCCAGCUUAUAUCGAUAUACCCGAUGUGUUCAAUUUGACUACUGCGACAGUACACAAACAUAAAUCAAUUGAUCAAGCUGAGCAGAAUCAAGUUCUACCACGUAUCUCUACCUCUUUAUCCAUUAUUUUAAGACCGGAAUAUUCGUUUGCUUCGUAUUUAUUAAUAAUAAUUAUAUAUGUGUAAUUGACUGGAUUAUAUUCAUACAUGUACAAAUAGACUAAUUAGAUUUAAUUUAAAAUAAGUAUAUUAUAUUAAUAAAACCAUUUUUUCUAUUA